AACAAAAACCCCACUAAUUGUGAAUGCAGGUUUAAUUUGAAGGAUUGUUCAUGACUUGUAAAUUUGCUCAUUUCCUUUUUAGGAAGGACCAUCAAGACCUGUUCUUGAAUACAUUGAUUUGGUCUGUGAUGAUGACGAAGAGCCUAGUACCUAUCAUAGUGAUAUUCUGUUCCCUAAAAUGCCAAAACGAGAGGGUGAUUUUUUGCGUUUUUUAAAUGUGAAGAAAGUGAAAACAGACACAGAAAGUAAUGAUAGGAACAAAAGUCUUUGUGGACUGUCUAAGUCAAAGGAAGUAAAAUUUGAAUAUAUUGAACGACCAGUCAUUGAAGAAAAGCCAUCGUGUUCAUCAAAGGAAGAAAUAGAUAAUCUUGUCCUUCCAGAUUGUUGGAAUGAAAAACAGGCAUUUAUGUUUACAGAACAGUAUAAGUGGCUUGAAAUAAAAGAAGGUAAAUUAGGUUGUAAGGAUUGUUCAACAGUUCGGCAUUUGGGAUCAAAAGCAGAAAAGCAUGUCCAUGUGUCCAAGGAAUGGAUUGCAUAUUUAGUAACCCCUAAUGGCAGUAAUAAAACUACUAGGCAAGCUUCUCUGCGAAAAAAAAUUAGGGAACAUGAUGUUUCUAAAGCCCAUGGUAAAAUUCAGGAUUUGUUAAAAGAAUCAGUUAAUGAUUCAAUUUCUAAUUUGGUGCAUAAACAAGAUAAUAAAAAUAUUGAUGCUACUGUAAAAGUUUUCAAUACUGUUUACAGUUUAAUUAAACAUAAUAGACCUUUAUCUGAUAUUGAGGGGGCAAUAGAAUUACAAGAGAAAAAUGGAGAGGUCAAUUGUUUAAAUACACGAUACAGUGCAACAAGAAUAGCAGAACAUAUAGCAAAAGAAAUGAAGAUGAAGAUAUUUAAGAAUAUUAUAGAAGAGAAUGCCAAAAUCUGUAUCUUAAUUGAUGAGGCAUCUACAGUUUCAAAGAAAAGCACCCUAGUAAUUUAUCUCCAGUGCACAGUUCAGUCAGCUCCUGCACCUGUUAUGUUAUUCGUUGCUUUAAAAGAAUUGGUGUCAACCACAGCAGAGGGUAUUUUCAAUACAUUAUUGACUACUUUAAAUGAUUGUGGCUUUACAAAUGAAUAUUUGAAAGCAAAUUUAAUUGCAUUUUGUUCUGAUGGUGCUAAUAUAAUGCUGGGGAGAAAAUCCGGAGUAGCUACAAAGUUGUUAGAAAAUUUUCCUGAAAUCAUCAUUUGGAACUGUUUAAACCAUCGAUUGCAAUUGUCACUUGACGAUUCAAUAUCUGAAAUAAAACAAAUUAAUCAUUUUAAAAUAUUUCUUGAUAAAAUUUAUUCUGUUUACCAUCAACCUAAUAAAAAUCAAACCAAGCUUUUAGGAACUGUAGCUAAAGAACUUGAAAUUGAAAUUAUUAGAAUUGGCCGGGUAAUGGGACCAAGAUGGGCAGCAUGUAGUUUACAAGCUGCCAUUGCUGUAUGGCGUGCAUACCCUGUGUUAUAUAUGCAUUUUUCUCAUUCUUAUUCUGGUUUGGCAAAGAGGUUAGCUAACAUUAAUUUCUUACAAGACCUUGCUUUAAUGAUUGACAUUCUUGAAGAAUUUUCUUUACUUUCAACUGCAUUACAGUCAAGAUCAACUAACAUUCAGAAAGCACAAAAAUUGAUCAAACGCACCAUAAGAGCUUUGGAAAAUUUAAAGAUUGGUAUGGGAAAGUAUGAAUCUCAAGUUGAAGAUUUGAUUAAGUCAGAUAAGUUUAAAGAUAUUCCAUUUAAUAAAAAUAAUAAAUUUAAUGCUCUUCCUAGGAAUAUGUUAUUAGAAAAUAUAAUUCAACACAUGAAUUUACGCCUUUUAUCUGACAGAAACCAUGAUGAAAGUAUUUUUAAUUAUUUUGACUUGUUAGAACCUUCUACAUGGCCUUAUGAAGAAAUAACUUCACCAUGGGUAGCUGGUGAAAAAAAAUUAUUUCGUUUGUGUGAAAUUUUAAAAUAUGAAAUUGAUUUGAAUGAUUUUCGGGAAUUUGUGAAUAAUAAUAUAAAAUCAAACAAUAUUUCAGUUCCUAUGACUAUACAAAAAGCUAAAAAGAUAGUUAACACUAUUGCAAUCAAUAGUGCUGAAGCUGAAAGAGGUUUCAAUUUAAUGAACAUAAUUUGUACAAGAGUGAGAAAUAGUUUAACAAUAGAUCACAUAUCAGAUUUAAUGACAAUAAAUUUAUUGGGGAAAGAAUUAGCAGAUUGGGAUGCAACUCCAUUUGUAAAAUCUUGGUCAAACUGCAACCAUAGAUUGGCUACAGAUACAAGAGUUCGGCAAAAAUCAACAAAAGCCUUCUAUGAGAAUCAAUUGGCUAUAUGGAACUUACAAUAAAGAGUAUCUUAUAUGUUUUUAUCAUCUGUAAAUUGUAAAUUAUGUGUUGCACAACUUUUAUAUACAUAAUUUUUUUUUGAAAGCUGGUUAAACUCUUAUCAGCAUGUUACUUUUAAAAGGCAUUCUCUAAAGAGAUAAAGUGGGUGAUAAUUGUUUUCAGGAACUGUAGUCUUAGAGAUUGGCCCAUGUCUGCUGGAGUGUGCCAUAAAAUAUGUAUUCCAAGAAGUCCUGUACAGAACUUCCAGCCAUUUUCACUUUUGCACUAUUUUACUUUAAGUAAGGAUGCGAAAAAAUAACAUGACUCAGAUAAGUUCUAAGCCCUUGAGGUUAUAUCAAAUAAAAGAGAAAUAGUAUAAAAGCUAUAAGCCUUUUGGCUCAUUUCCAUAUCUAUGCUAUCCGGAAGUGGUCUCUACACGUGGCCAGUAAGCACUUGAAAUGAGUUCAGUAGGAUUAAGAAAGUAAAUUUUUAUUUACUUCUAAUUAAAUAUAAAAACUGAAGCAAUGUAAAAUAUUUUUCUGCUUCUCUAUUUUUUUUAUGCAUAUGUUUCACUUUGUUACCUUGUAUAAGAAAUGAUUGAUGUUGCGUGCCUGUCAAACUUGUGUCAUUUCUAAUGUUGCAUAUAAACAUGUUACUGAUUUCAUGUUGACAGAUGGAUUCAAUACAAAUUAUUUUUUUAUGAAUUGAUGUAACUAUAGCAUGUUUAUCUGAAUAUUUUGUGCAGACUAUAAGAAUUACAGUGAUACCUGUGUAUAUCAUAACUGGUAAUUAAAUUGAAAUACUUUUUUAAUUGUAAUUAAAUUAUUUUUCUAGUUUACACAUGAAUAUGAACAAAUUUUUAAAUUUAAAAUGAAGGCAUACUGAAAAAGAAUCAAGUGGAGAUGCAGAAGCUAGUACAACUGGAACAGUAAACAAAAAGAGACUGGAAGAAGGUAUGUUGCAGAUUUCACGAGUGACAAUUGCAGUUUGCUGUGGCAGAGCAGUAAGAAAAAUUUAAAGAUAAGUAGGAAAUAUUGAGACAAUUUCAGCAAAUGCAAAAUGAAUUGGAUAAAUUACCUUUCAUAGGUAAAAAAAGAAUCAAUUAAAUUUAAUCAUCUGAAAUUAGAAUGAAUUAAAUGUCUAAAAAAAAUUUUUUUUAACAAUUUUAAAAGGAUCCGAGUUUGUAAGUUGGGCCAGGUAUAAAACAGCUUGGAAUAUUUGUGCUCAGUUUUCUGAAAUGGUCUCUAUGAUAAGUGUCACAGGUACAGUUAAAUGUUCAUUUUAUAUAAGUGCAAAUAGUAUGAAUUAACACCAGCUUAUAGGAUUGUUGAAAAAAUUACAAGAAAAUGGAAUUAGUGAUCUUGUAAAUUCUGCCAGUUGAUGGAAUUGUGGAGGAGUUCUACUGAACUUUUUUUUUUUUUUUUGUCUUUUGUCUUUUU